GAAUUCUUAUAUAUAUCAAUUUUUAUGAAUAUAAAAAUAAAUAUAAAGUCUAAAGAAAAUAAUUUUGAAUAAUUAUUAUCUUCUUUAUCUUUUUCUAAAUAUUUUAUAUAUUACAUUCAUAUAUAACAUCAUUCAUAAUAUUAAUCUUUUUUUAAAACUAUACUUAUAUUUAUAAAAGAAGAAAUACAUAUAUAUAUAUAUAUAUAUAUAUAUAUAUAUGCAAUUAAUAAUUAACUUAUGCAACACUGAAUAGUGAUUUGCUUUUUAAUUAAUUAAUUAACCUAUCUUUUUACUAAUUCAAUUAUUACGAAUAAAAUGUUAUUAUUCUAAUAUUUAAAAAUGGAAGAUAGAUACUUUGCAUGGGACGAAAUUUCUGAUGGAUUAAUUUUAAUAAGUACACAAAAGACCGAAGAUGAACACGUUAAAAAAAUUAAACAAAAAUCUGAUCCUGUUUACCAAUCAAAGGUGUAUUGUCCACAUGCAUACUUAAUUUUAAAUUUUCAAGAAACUUUAAGUCAACGUGAAAAAUUACGAUUUAGAAGAUAUUAUUUAAGAAAAGUAUCUCCAAGUGAACCAGACGUCAUUAUUUUACAAGAUAUAAAAGAUCUUGUAAUGUUUUUAUUGAUCAGUCCCAUAAGUCCUCAGUUUAUAAAUUUUUUCCAUUUACCAAUUGUUGAUCGUUUUUUGAGAGCUGCAAUACUUUAUUUUCAAUAUUAUGUGAUAAUAUGGGAAGAAUUAAUGAAGGAACGUGCAGCUACUAUAAAAAAAGCACCAAAUCCUUUGGCUCAGGGUUAUAGAUUUAGAUAUGCAGAAGAAAUGCAAAAUCUUCGUUGUGUCUUAGGUAGAGAAUAUGCUGAUUUAAUAAUAGGAUGUCAAGAUGUUAUUCAAUAUCAUCAUAUGACAGGUGGAAAAAAAGGAACAUCUUUGACACAAUCACAAGGAGAGAAAGAUUUACGAAUAUUUGAAGUAUUAAUUUGUAUGACACAUCGUAUUGUAUGGAUAGCUUUAGAACGCAAAUAUUUUAGUUUAAUUGAAAUAGAAUUGCAUAGAUUAUUUAGAACCGAAACAUAUAAUAUAGCAGAAAGACGUAGUAUAAGCCAUACUAUUCAGGAUAUGUUAUAUGAUGAUAUCAUAAUAUUGCAAGGUCAUAAAAUACAAGAAAAAAGAAAAUUACUAAGAAAUUCUCCUUUAAUACAAGAAUUAAUAUAUUCAGAUUAUGAUUAUCGUCUUCUAUCUUUGGGAAUAGAAGAAAAUUAUGAUGAUGAACGUAUUCUUUAUUUAAAAUAUGCUCUUAUUAUUGAAGAAGAUAAAUUACAUGAAUUAGGAAUAAAAGUAGGAAUUUUAGGAGAAAACAGAGCAAAUUAUGAUAUUACUUUAAUGCCCUUAGAAGAAAAAGAUGAAGAACAAGACAAAAUUCAAUUAUCUGAAAAAAAAAAAUAUGAAAAAAGUGUUAAAGAUAUAGAAAUACCGAUAAAAAUUCGAAGGCUUCCAUUAUUUCAAACUAAACCUGAUCUGACACGAGAUUUUUCAAUGAAAACUAUAGAUAUAUCACCAAAAGGCUAUAAAAUUGCUCGAGAAAGAGCAAGGAAGAAUUGGUUGAUGAGAGAAUUAAAACGUCAGAAACAUACUGAAUAUGAUACAUAUUCAGUAUCAACAAUAUUAGAAUGAUUACUUAAAAACAAAUUAAAAAUUAUAAGUAUAAAUAUUUAAAUCAAUAUCAAUGUCUUUUUCAUGUUUUUAUUUUAUUAGAGUUA